CGCCUCUUGUCCUCAGCGGUGACCCCUUCCAUGCCAACCUCCGUGCCCAGAGGGGUCCCACAGAGAGCGGCAGAGCCCUGCCAGGCUGCGCUUGCCUGUGGGAGAUGCCCAGAGGAGGCCAGAAAGGAGGCCGGCCCAGCUCCCGCUGACCUACUUAGGCCCCGGCCCAUCUGAUCUGGGCUUGGCGGUGCCCCGGCCCGGGCUGCAGUGGGGGGCAGGGCCGGGGCCACCCAGAAUUCUCGGCUGUUUGAGCCCCGAACUCCCCCCCGGCGGCUCUCCCGGGUUCUCUGUGGUUAUGCAAAAUGACCUUGAAAUAGCCUGGUUUCGGGGCUGCCAGGUGUUUGGGCGGCGGGCAGGGACUCGCACCUUCGGGGUUCCUAAGCACAGGCCCCGUUAAGGCUCGGCCCAUUUUACAGAUGAGAACACCGAGGUGCCUUGGCACCCCCCUCUGACUCCUCUCCCUCACCCUAACAGUUGGACUCAGGCACCCCCACUGGCUGUUCCUGCCUCCCCCCAAGGUGGGGGCUCUCUUCCUCCUUUGGGCUGGGGCCUCUGUGGUGGGGGACCCCCGGCACGGAGCUUCCUCUCUAGGGGUGGCGGGGGCUGCCUGGAGGAAGGGGCUUCGGCCUCCCCCUCCUCCCUGACGCCCCCUUCUUGUCACAGCAAAUCACGGCCACCAACACACCCCCUGAGGACCUCGACAGCUCCGGGGAUGACGACGAUGGUUUCUCCGGCUCUGGGGCGGGGGCCGUGGCCGUGGCCGUGGCGGAAAGGCCCCUGCUAGACCCCAGCCUGAUGUCCAGGAAGACGAAGGGGCUCGCCACACCCUCGACCGUGGCCCCGGCCAAGCCUGAGAACAGCAGCCGGGGAGGAGCCUCGGGAGAGGGAUCCGCACUCGUGCCGGCCAGGAGGCCCGCGGAGGAGCCCACGCUGCCCCCGGAACUCCCCCCACCAUCUCCCACAGCGACGCUCCCCUCCACCACCCGGCCUCCUCUGACUGUGGGAGCCACCGUGGCUCCGGACCCCGGCACGGCCCAGCCAGGGGCGCCCGAGCCCCCCAGCUCCGGAGACGAGGGCUCCUCGGCCAGCGGCCAGGCGGAGAGAGGCUCCGGCCAGCGCCCCACGGAGGAGAGCUCGGGGAGCGGGAGCGAAGACUUCACCUUCCUGGCACCCGGAGAGCAGCCUGGGCUGGCUGUGGAGAAGAAAACCCCUGAGGGACCGGCCGGCGGAGAGGCCACGGGGGCCUCCCAGGGCAUCCUGGACCGCAAGGAGGUUCUAGGAGGCGUCAUCGCCGGCGGCCUUGUGGGGCUGCUCUUCGCCGUCCUCCUGGUGGGAUUCAUGCUUUAUCGGAUGAAGAAGAAGGACGAAGGCAGCUACUCCCUGGAGGAGCCCAAGCAGGCCAACGGCGCCUACCAGAAGCCUCAGCGGCAGGAGGAGUUCUAUGCCUGAAGGGCUGCGCCGUGCCUCGCCCCUCGCACACAGAACGUCUCCCCCCUGGCCUGGCUCCGCUCCGUCGUCCACUCUGGCCGGGCUCAGCAGAGGCCGGAGCCCAGGCUUGACCGCUCGGGGCUGGGUCUCUGCCCGCAAACUUGGGGACCGGAGGGGCCUCCAGAACAGCGAGAGCUCCGGUGGCCGCCCUCCUCCCACCCUCGGCACAUCCUGGGGGACGGCCGGACCCCGGGGUGACCUUGGGCCGCCCCUGGUGGCCGGAGGAGGGAAGGCCUGGCGGCCUCCGGCCUCCCCCUGCUGCCCCCGAUGACUCUUUUGCACAUUCCACUGUCGCCCCACACUGUCCCCUCUGCUGGGCUUUGUUACUUGGGACCUAAGUUAAGGCCGUCCCCACCGCUCCCAUCGGAAGGCCGGCCCGGGCGCGCCGCGCUUCUGCCUCAUUUCCCCACGCGGUGCGGAGGCCGGGCCUCUGCAGGGAGCAGUGGCGGGCCGGGCUGGGGCCGCUCGGACAGACGGCGCCCAGACAGGGCCCUCGGCCCCCCCGGCUCCCCUCCGGGGCUUCUCCUGGGCCCGGCUGGCCGGAGGCGGCCGGCGUCCCUUCCCCGCGUGGUGGUCGUCUUUGGCUUUUGGCAAAGUUCUACUGAAUCCAAUGGGUUUUCCACGUACGGCGGGUUUUCGUGUUGUAAUAAACUUUUAAUAUAAAGUA